CCCUCCCUCCACGGAAAUGAACGGAAGAAGGGAUUCGGAAGUAGGAUGGUGGGAGCUGCCGGUCGCCAUUGUUGCCGGAGCCAAGCAUUACCAGCUGCAGAGCAUUGACCGCUCUGCUAGCUUCAAUGAUGAGGGCUUCUUCCCGCGCCGUUGUCCAGUUCCGUCGCAUUUAUGAUCGGGUGAAUCGGUUGGGCUCAAGACCCAAUGGGGUUCCACCUUCUCUCAGCAACAAGGGCUCUCUUCUCUGCCGUUUCAGCACCAUCGCCGCCGCCCCCAGCCUCUGUGCUAUCAGCGACACUCUUGCUUCAGAAUGGGUCGUUUCUUCUUCUUCCAGAAGAGAUCUUCGCUUCAAUUCAACAUUUUCAUGGACCGCCAAUGAUUUGGAAGAGCGAGUUCAAGAUGAAGGAGAGAGCAGUGUGGAUGCAGCGGAAGGAGGGUCAUACUUGGCAAUAGAGGCGGCGUUAGACUCGGUUGUCAAGAUCUUCACAGUCUCCAGUAGCCCCAACUACUUCCUUCCUUGGCAGAACAAGCCGCAGCGUGAAACCAUGGGCUCUGGGUUUCUUAUUCGUGGAAGAAGAAUUCUUACAAAUGCACACGUAGUCGCCGACCAUACCUUUGUCCUCGUGAGAAAGCACGGGUGUCCUGUCAAGUAUCGAGCGGAUGUCGUAGCUGUUGGUCAUGAAUGCGACUUGGCAAUCCUUGAAUUGAAAAGUGAAGAGUUUUGGGAGGGUAUGAACUUCUUGGAUCUUGGAGACAUCCCCCAUCUGCAAGAAGCCAUUGCCGUUAUCGGCUAUCCCCAAGGUGGAGACAAUAUAUCUAUCACGAAAGGCGUUGUCUCCAGAGUUGAGCCUACGCAAUAUGCGCACGGUGCAUGCCAACUUAUGGCUAUACAAAUUGAUGCAGCGAUUAAUCCAGGCAAUAGUGGUGGGCCAGCUAUUAUGGGUGAUAAAGUUGUUGGGGUAGCUUUCCAGAAUCUUUCAGGUGCAGAAAAUAUUGGUUACAUAAUUCCGGUUCCAGUGAUUAAGCACUUCAUUGCUGGUGUUGAAGAUGUCGGGAAGUACAUUGGGUUCUGCUCUCUUGGUGUAUCAUGCCAAUCUACUGAGAACUCUCAAAUCCGUAACCAUUUUCAAAUGCUUCCUGAAAUGACUGGGGUACUUGUCAACAGAAUUAACCCCCUUUCAGAUGCUUAUAAUAUCCUCAAAAAGGAUGACAUCAUCCUUGCAUUUGAUGAGGUGCCCAUAGCAAACGACGGAACAAUUCCUUUCCGCAACAGGGAGCGGAUAACAUUUGACCAUUUGGCCUCAAUGAAGAAGCCCAACGAAACAGCUUUAAUUCGAGUUCUCAGGGAUGGAAAAGAAUUAGAAUUCAAUAUCAUGCUCCGGCCUUUGCAAGCAUUAGUUCCGGUCCACCAGUUUGAUAGGCUGCCCAGUUAUUACAUAUUUGCUGGCCUUGUAUUUGUGCCACUCACUCAGCCAUACCUUCACGAGUAUGGAGACGACUGGUACAAUACUUCGCCCCGCCGCUUGUGUGAACGUGCUUUGAGGGAACUGCCUCAGAAGCCCGGAGAACAACUUGUUGUCCUUUCACAGGUUCUGAUGGAUGACAUCAAUGCGGGAUAUGAGCGUCUUGCAGAAUUGCAGGUUAAGAAAGUCAAUGGGGUGGUUGUUGAGAAUCUAAAGCAUCUGUGCCGGCUGGUGGAGAGUUUCGACGGGAAAGGCCUGAGAUUUGAUUUGGACGAUGAGAGAGUGAUCGUGUUGGACUAUAACAUGGCAAAAGUCGCUACCUCUAAAAUCCUGAAGCGUCACAGGAUACCCGCUGUGAUGUCCCUGGACCUCGCCGACGGAUAAAUGGGCUAUCCAGAGCGUUUCGUUAUGCGGCUCCAUUCUGUUUCGUGAGCCCACUCAUUCGGUAUCGUAGUUUGCGGCACCAUUUCAAGACGAUAUGGUUGGGUUUCCGGCUUUUCCCCGAGAGCUUCUUGACAGAUCCCAACUUUCUUGCUGGGCUAAUAGUGCAACGAGUUAAUGCAGAACGCGACGAGACACCCUCGUCCUCGGACUCAUUAUACUACCAAGGGCUUGUCAGUUAGGGAGUAGUAGGCAGAAACACACGUAUGAACGUUCAUACGGUUCAACUAUUUAUGGGGAAUCAUUAUUAUUUUAAGGUUCAACUAUUUUCUGCAUCAUUAUUUUCCUGGUCAUACGUUUCAUACGGUUGGUGGAGAAUUGAUUCAGAUUAUUUUCCUGGUCGUUUCAUGGCAACUACCUGAUAAAGGCCAAAUGUAGCAUUUUCUAGUUUAAUUUUGACGACUAAGACCAAGACCUGGUUUAUUUAUUUA